AUGCCCUUUCCCACCCCCAAGAAGGUUGUCAAGAAUGCCACCAUUGCCCUUGCCAUGCUUGUCCCUAUCGGCAUCCAGGAAGUCACCGGCGAGUGUUCCAAUAUCAAGUCCGAGACUUCCAAACAGACCGUCAGCACGGUCACAGAUCUCGUCCCAGCUCUUGGAGCCAAUGACAUCGGCUGUAGCAGGAAGUCUUUCGCCAUUGCUCUUCUCUGGGCCAUGGUGAUCGAACUUGGAGGUGCCGUUGGAUCCCUUGCCGGGCUGCGGGCCCUGGCCCUUUUGGAAUCCGCAAAGACAACGACAGCACUGGCCAUGUCAUCAAGGCACUCUGAUCCCCGGGAAAGGGAGCAGUGA